GCGGGCGCAGCUUCGCCGUGGUUUCGGUGAGCAUUCUUGACAACGUCUCGUCCAGUGAACAGGGUUUCAACCGCCGGCGAACGAGUGUUUCCAAAAUGACUGAAAAUUACACUUUAACGGAAUAGGAGCCGACUGGAAACACCGGAGCAGCUUUAAAAACACGAGGGAAACACUGAGCCUUCACCUCCUGCACCGUGACGUCAAACACCUGCUUCGCCUGCUUACUGCACAGCUGGAGGCAAGAUCUGCAUCAGACUAAAAGAAGUAGAAGAAGAAGAAGAGGGACCGGUCCUGACUCAAACUGGUCCUGGAUGGACCAGUGAAGUCUGUCAGCCUGACAGUUAUAAGCAAUGUUUUUGGGAGCUGGAGGACGUAGCACCGUCAGCAGAGUGUGUGUGGGGCCCCUCCUCUCUCUCUUUCCCAGCACCCCUCCUGACAUGGGAUGCCAGCCCCCAGCCUCCCUACCCUGAGCUCUCCUGGGGUGUUAUGAACAGCUACAGAGACAGAGGGGUCACUUGCACCUCCUCAGACCUCCUAGAUGGAGGAGGGGGAGGAGGAGGAGGGUUGCCCCAGCAAACUCCAUUUCGCCACACCCCCAAUGGCCACCCGGCUCCUGGUUUCACAGACCUGGUCCUCCAGCCACGCAUCUCUGUGCCCAAAAUGGGCGUCCGAGCACGAAUCGCAGAAUGGCCACCGCGCCGCGCGCAGUCCAGGGAGUCGCUGCUUGAAAAUGGCCAAAUGGGGAACAACCGCCACGGAGACACAAUAUCCUCAUCGCUAUUGUCAUCUGACAUGGGGUUGGUGCGCGGAGGAGUUGCAAGGCUGCCAAGACGACGAUCCAAGGAUGUCGAGUUCAGAGUGUUUGGUGGGGAAAGAGCAACACCUUUCAGCCUCAGAGUGUUUCCUCCGUUGAGACAGCGCUCUAACAGCGAGGUGACGCUGAGCGAGCAGGAUGAGAACGAGGUGGAGAUCCGUGGAGGUGGCGGGAUGGGGACCCUGUUCAGAGAGUACGGCAGCACUUCCUCCAUCGACAUCCAGGGCAUUCCUGAGCAGAGUUUCUUUGACAUGAUCAGCCAGUUCCACCAGGAGAGGCCCGACCAGCGCAGCUCAGCACCCGUACACCUCAGAGAGCUGCUGCGCGCUCCAGACUCCAACACACCCCUCCCCUCGGCUCCCUCACCUGGUCCCAUGGGUGGGGAUGACAGGGGGACAGGGAGGAAGGAGGGCGCUGAGAGAGUGAGGAAGAAAAGUGGAGGGACAGAGUCGUCACUGGGCACCUCUUCUUUGUUCAGGAAACUUAGGAGCUCAAGUCGUGGCGAGCUGGACGGGGGUAAAGGAGAGACUAAUGAUGACGGGACUUCUUACAAACCGUGGAUUUGCCCUAAGAGCUUUGUCCACUUUGAUGCUCAGAGCAUCCUGUUUGACCUCCACGAGGCGGCAGCUCAGCGAGGCUACGCCGCCCAGAGGAGGAACACCGCCACUGGGGCGUCAGCUGCUUCAGUAUCCCUGUCUGUCUCCAGAUCCUCAGCUGUGAAUGACCCAGUUUACUCCAGCAUAGAAGACCUGACACUGAGCCUCGACCCCGGAUCUUCUACACCCUGCCUCAGCAUGGACCCCCUUGAGGGGCCUCCUGGAGCCCACAGCUCUAGCCCUCUACUCCUCUGCUGCCCCCACUUUCUCAAUGAGACCGGGGGCCACGGAGAGCGCAACAUCAGCUUCCUCAGCUCGUCAGCUGAGCGAGGAGGAGAUGGAGGAGACGGGCUGAGGAGUUGGCUGAGGAAGAGUAACGCCAGUGUCUCCGUGCUAGAGGUACCGAUUGAACAGCAGGUUACGAGACUGGAGCGACUGAAACUGUACAGCAUAGAGCAUGUGGACCAGGGGGCCAGGUACUACAGAGACUACUUCCAUGGAAAAGAGCACUCAAACUACUUUGGAACAGACGAUAAGAUGGGCGCUGUGGCCGUGAGCAUCCGCAGGGAGAAACUGGAUGACACCAAAGACCUGAAAGACCAGUACCAGUACCGGCUCAUCGUCAGAACCAGCGAGCUUGUGACCCUGCGAGGCUCCAUAUUAGAAGAUACAGUUGCCUCCACGGGGAGGCACGGCACAGUGCGGGGUCUUCCGCUCAAGGAGGUCCUGGAGCAGGUCGUCCCUGAGCUCAGCGUCUCCUGUUUGAGACUGGCAGUCAGUGCACCGAAAGUCACCGAGCAGCUCCUCAAACUGGACGAACAGGGGUUAAGUCAGAAGCACAAGGUGGGCGUUCUGUUGUGCCGUGCAGGCCAAAGCACCGAGGAGGAGAUGUACAACAACGAGGAGGCGUCGCCUGCCUUCUCCGCCUUCCUGGAGCUGCUGGGGGAACAAGUGCUCCUCAAAGGAUUCACCAAAUACGCCGCACAGCUGGACACAAAGACGGACUCUACGGGCACCCACUCCCUAUACACUGCCUACCAGGGCUACGAGGUCAUGUUCCACGUGUCCACCAUGCUGCCCUACAUGCCCAGCAACCCCCAGCAGCUCCUCAGAAAGAGGCACAUAGGGAACGACAUCGUCACCAUAAUCUUUCAGGAGCCCGGAGCGCUGCCUUUCACCCCUCACAUUCGCUCACAGUUCCAGCACGUCUUUGUCAUUGUGCGUGUGCACAACCCCUGCUCUGAAAACACCUGCUACAGGGUAAAGUUGAAAACAACAGAGGAUGUGCCUCCCUUUGGUCCUCUCCCUAACAGUGUCACCUUCCGUGACCCAGAAACCUUUCGCAACUUCCCUCCUCCUAGCCAAAGUAUCAACGCGAAAAGCUCAGCGCACAAGUCGAGAAGUUUCAACACUAUGGCGAACGCGGACGACGGCAAGGAGUACCUGCGUGUGGCCGAGAACUGCGUCACCACACGCCUCUGGACUCCGCCGCAAGAUCUCAACAACCUCAUCUCCCUCGCCUCUAAGAAACGUGAGCGCUCCAAAGCCAGAGGAGCAGAGCUGGGCGCUGCUGGAGCUGUUGCCUGGAGGGUCCAUGCCCAGGACUUCAGCGGAGGCGGGACAGAAAUCCUCUGUGCUUUGGGAUUGUCGGCUGAAUACAUCCUUCUUUUGGACUGUUCGACCAAAGAGGUGGUGUUCAACUGUUUCUGGGCCGACGUCAUCGGGUGGACACCGGAGCGGCUGGCGCUGAAGAUUUACGGCAGAGGAGACCACAUCGCAGUGCGGGUACCAGAGGGCUGUGCUCAGGACAUCAGGGAGAUGGUACAGAGGUUAAAGUCGUUGACGGUUGGGUGUGAGACUGUGGAUAUGACUCUAAGAAGAAAUGCUGGACAGCUGGGCUUCCAUGUUCGCCUGGACGGCACUGUGGCCGAGGUGGAAGAGUACGGCUUUGCCUGGCAGGCGGGACUGAGACAGGGCAGCCGCUUGGUGGAGAUCUGCAAGGUGGCUGCGGUGACGCUAACACACGAGCAGAUGAUCGACCUGCUGAGGACGUCGGUCACAGUCAAAGUUGUCAUCAUACCUCCGUACGAAGAGGGAGGGCCUCGCAGGGGCUGCACAGAGGAGUACGAGAUGAAGACCAUGGAGCAGAAGCCAGAACCUGAGCCUCUUGGCUGCGCUAACAGACCCUCGCCUCGACCCACGUGGAGGUGGGACAGCCCCCCCAUUCCUCUGGGGCUCCACAGUGCCCCUAACCCACAGCGCUGGGCCCCCAUGGGUCCCCCACCUCCACUGGCACGCCACAAAGCCCUGAUACCUGUUCCGUACAGGGACCCCCAACUCCUCAACUCUAAGAGGCCUGUGAGCUACCCAGAGAACCACUACAGUCUGUCUCCUGUUGGGGGCGACAGAUUGCUGCCCUACAGAAACCCCUCAGCCAGUUUCUCCUCCCCCUCCUCAGGACUGAUCAGCCUUGCCACAAUGGGGCCGCCUGGGAUCACACCAGGCCCCUUCGUACGCUACAAACCCUCACCCGACAGAUACGGACCAGGACAGCGCCCCCUGAUGCCCUAUGAGCCCCACCUCAGUGUGGACAUCACCUCCAGUGGAGAGUCUUCCUCAGGCUUCACCAGUCAGGAAAGCACCAUGGAGCGCUGCAAAACAGAGCCCCUCUGGCACGUCCCAGCGCCGUCUUCUCGGGGUCCAGGCGGUGGAGGGGGGCAGAGGAGGCUACCCAGACAGGAUGUCCCAGGGAAAGACUCUCCAAACAGACACUCGAAGGGGGAGACUCAGUACUCCAGUCACUCCAGCAGCAACACUCUGUCUAGCAACGCCUCCAGCGGCCACAGCGACGAGCGCUGGUUCGAGGGAGGACCAGGGGGAGAGCGAGGAGGAGGUGGCUGCCUCAUUGACCCAGCUGACCCUGACCCUGACCUUCUCAAGGGGGGGUCUAACGACAGCGGGAUCGACGCCUCCACGCACUACAACAACUCUCGCCACGGGAACAUGUCGAACAGCCAGUCGCACAAGCCCGUGCACUCAUUCGCCACCUACAGCGGCAUGCAGGAGCUGUCUGUGGGGAGGAGCAGCGGGGAGAGAGACGGGAGGAGAAGAGAGUCCUCGCCAAUCAUACCACCGGCGGCCAAUCAGAACAAAGGGUACAUGACGAGGACAUUCCCACCUCCUGGCUCCAGUACUGAUAAAAUGGAUGCUUUCAACCCCAGGGCCUACACGCCGCAGGGUUACAAGACCCCGACAGCAGAAAAAUCUCGUCCCAUCCGAGCAGCUACCGCAACACCAACUUCCGCUCACUUGAGCUCAACCCCUCUGUCAAGCUCCGCCCCCAAGUCCUCUUCCUAUAUGAAGAGCAGACCAACCGCAUGGCAGGGCGACGACAACAGUCCGUUGCCUUCAAAUGUUACUAUAACACCAAGCUCUGACAGCAACAACAGCAAGAAGCAGGUGGAUAUGAACUCAAAGAACGUCUUUGGACAACCCAGACUCCGAGCAUCACUGAGGGACCUGCGUUCUCCUCGGCGGACAUACAAAAGCACCAUUGAGGACGACUUAAAGAAACUGAUCAUCAUGGACAACCCAGGAGAGUCUCCACCAAGAGAUCCAUCUCCCAGACGGACGUUGCAGCGCACCUUUUCAGACGAGUCUCUCUGCAGCGGGCGCAGAGAAGCCAGCUUUGCCAACUCUGAGAACCAGACGGCUCCCGCUGAUGUACUGUUCACCUGCACGCUGCCUACACGCAGACAUGCCACCUCCUCCAACCACAUGCAGGGCAAGAAGGUGCCUUUGUCAGCCUCGGAGCUGUCUCUCACUGAAAUCAGAGACAAAGUUCCCCCUCUGAGGAGGCUGGAUCCCGGGCUGAUGCCUCUCCCUGACACAGCCUGUGGACUGGAGUGGAACAGUUUGGUCAACGCUGCUAAGGCCUAUGAAGGUGAGGGAGGAGACUCAUCAGGAUUAGCACAAAGAGCAGUUUCCCUCUUCUCACUGAAUGAGCCUCAGGUCGGAGGUCCAGACAUGAGACCUGUCAUCAGUCCGGUCCAGUUUCACACUCCUCAGACACCCAGGACCACGCCCACCUUCAGCUGCGAUGAGGUGCCCAACGACUUGUCUGGUCGGCUCUACCACCUGGAAGUCAUGUUAAAACAGCUCAAUAAUGAUCUGGAGAGGGAGAAGAAGGAUAAAGUGGUCCUGCUCGCAGAGAUGGCCAACCUGAGAGAGAACAACCAGCGGCUGCAGGAGGAGAGUGUGACAGCCAGCCAGCAGCUCCGACAGUUCAGCCAUCUCUUCCCAAACCCCAGGAGCGAGGGCGAGUCCGAGGCUCACUCCUUAACACACAAACACGACUCAAAGAGGGAGUGACACCAGCACCUGUUAGUAAGGAAGGAGAGUGAGAGAUUCAGGCCACAGAGGGAGGGCCCAUGAUUCCUUGCACACAGGGGUGGCAGAGGUUGCAAUGAUGUAACCUCACACAGCUUCCACAGGACUGCCUUAAACUGAAGAGAGGAAAAAAAACACGAUUUUUAAAGUGAAACGCUCCCAGAGUCUCUCAGAGCCUGCUCACACACAGCAGAGACCCUCCCUCGGUAACUCUGAGCCUGUUUAUUUUUAUAAACUGAAGUCAAAACAUCUUUAUAUACCUGUCCUAUAUAGAAAUACUGCUACUAUGCCGGAGGAGCGAGUGGAGGAGGAGAAACCGACUGUUUAAGAGACACUACAUCACCUGGAGAGGCCUAAUACUGUUCCUGCAGCAAAUCAGCCAAAAACAAAAAAGACUCACUACAGACUGCAUCUCCCAGAAUGCACUAGAAGUCAUGGAGGCUCUACAGACAUGGUACUGUAGAUAGAUGUGGUACAAUUCUCAUGUAUCAAUAUUACUUAUAUUGUACUGAUAUUGUAUAACAGUUGUACUAAAGAUGUGUGUGUGCGUGUGUGUGUGUGUACAGAUGGUACUCAGAAACAUUACAGCACAACAGUGUCUGUGCUGGUCUCUGCAGAGUGUGUGUGAGAGAGAGAGAGAGGCUGGAUGUGCUGGACGUCUGAUCAAAAUGUAGUUUACUGUUUUAUGAAACUUUCGGGCCUCGUUAAUUUCUUCCUCCGUUAACAUGGAUGUGCGUCGGCCCUGAGAUGUGAAACAAGCCAUCAGUGAAAUGAGCGAGUGUAAACAGUCCAUGUCAUGAAGCUCAGCGAUAGAACUGAAUCAUA